AUGGGGAAGCACUUCCAUUUGUAUGAGAACAUCUCCAAGAUCGACCCCUUUGAAGGACCACAGUACUAUUUGGCUCCGGUGUGGGCUUUCUAUCUGCAGGCUGCGUUCAUGGGCUUUGUGUUCUUUGCUGGAACACCUUUAAACUUUGUUAUUCUAUUAGUGACAGCGAAAUACAAGAAACUAAGGCAGCCUCUGAAUUACAUUCUGGUCAACAUCUCGUUCGCAGGCUUUAUUUUUGCUACGUUUUCUGUGAGUCAAGUGUUUGUCGCAAGUCUAAAAGGAUACUAUUUCCUGGGCCCUACAUUAUGUGCAUUAGAAGCAUGUAUGGGAUCAAUAGCAGGGUUGGUGACAGGUUGGUCGCUGGCUGUCCUUGCCUUUGAGAGAUACGUGGUCAUCUGUAAACCCUUUGGCCAGUUCAAGUUUGGGAGCACCCAGGCUGGGAUAGCAGUGGGCUUCACCUGGUUCAUGGGAGUUGGAUGUUCCACCCCACCACUCUAUGGCUGGAGCAGGUUCAUUCCUGAAGGUCUGGGUUGCGCCUGUGGACCUGACUGGUACACUCACAAUGAAGAGUACCACUGCACAAGCUACACCUACUUCCUGAUCGUGACCUGCUUCAUGAUGCCCCUAUCCAUCAUUAUCGUGUCUUAUUCACAACUUCUGGGUGCACUGCGAGCUGUGGCAGCUCAGCAGGCUGAAUCAGCCUCCACUCAGAAGGCUGAGAAGGAAGUCUCCAGGAUGGUCAUUGUGAUGGUGGGCUCCUUUGUAGUGUGCUAUGCCCCCUAUGCCAUAGCAGGCUUGUACUUUGCAUUCUCAACCAACGAGGACAAAGACUACCGCUUGGUCACCAUCCCAGCAAUGUUCUCUAAGAGCUCCUGUGUCUACAACCCUCUCAUCUACGCAUUCAUGAACAAACAGUUCAAUGCGUGUAUCAUGGAGACAGUGUUUGGGAAGAAGAUUGAUGAGUCAUCUGAGGUUUCUUCCAAGACUGAAACCUCCACAGUCUCCACUGCAUGAGGCCUGCAAACAGUGGUGUAUAAAGGCAUUUGAAAACCACCGGGUUUUC